AACCCACAUGCUCGCCCUUCAAGCAAGCGAAGAAUCAGACCUCAAAUAAAAAUAGUAUACCUUUCUUACACUCAUGAAACACGCCGUUCCCUGUUAUCUAUCAUUCUCGUUCAAACAUAAAUACACGCUUUGUUGUAGCUCCUCUUAGUAACGAGUUUUGGCAAAAUGGGGAUGCUUAUGAGUCUCAUGGGAUCGGGAGGAGGGCUGCCAUCUUCGCAGAUGAUGAAUUUUGUGUUUGAAAGAGUGUCAAAGCAGUUCAUGGAGACAAAAAUCAACAACUUUGAGGAAUUCCAUGUUGCCACUCUUGACAUUUUCAGCGCUAUCAACUCUGCAUUGCCCGGAAAACAUUACGAUGUGCCAUCACGCGACGAAGUAAAGGCAGUUUUCGAUGUUUGGAAACAAGCCAAAGAAGAAAGAAAGAAAGAAAUUUUCCAGGGGUUUAUAAUGGAGAAAGUUAAUCUUAGCAAAGUUGAUAAGACCACCGUGAUGACAGGAAUACUGACACCUCCAGUAGCCAUGGCAGCCAAAAAAGCGGGAGAAAAAGUGCCCCAGCUGAAGAUGAUCAAGGCCGUUCCUGAUGUCCUUUUUGUGCCAUCAGCAACGGUUUUGAGUCUUAUGUCUGUUAAGAUCUCUAGAAGAAUUUUUAUGAGGAAUAUUAGAUCUUGAUAAUGGGAACUUUCUAAUAUGGUAAGUAACAAUAGUCUAUAAAAUGAGUAGCAUGGUUCAUAAAUUGUAUAACAUUGGAUAUAUUACUCAAUGUUACUUAUUUUAUGGAUAAUUUAUAAACCAUGCUACUACUCAUUUUAUGGAAUGGUCUUACCAAAUAAUUCCCCUUGAUAAUGGCCUAUAUAUCUGUAAAUGAGGAAGUUGAAUUCAUGGAGCAAGCAGAUAUUAUCAUAAAAUAAUAACGUUGCCAUGUUCAGGACAAGUUGUUAAUAAAAUUUAUUUAUAAUUUUUAA